CUAACUUUUCCCCCCUUUCUCCAAGGGUUUAACUCUUCUUGCCCUUUGGGGUUGUGGUUUGUAGAGGUGGGUGACUGCAGAAAGGAAAACUGAGCUGAAAGAGGUCCCCUUCAGCAGGUGCUACCGCUGCUGCUUUUUUUUCCCCAGCAGAAGGUCCAGAGAAUGAGCCCAAUGCCACCAAGUUUUCUGGGCAGCGCUCUCCGGGGCACUUUCUUCUUCAUCUAUGGCCUGUGGUGGUCGGUGCGGUACCCCCUGAAGUACCUCAGGAGGAAAGGUGCUGCUGAGGGCCAGCCAGGCCGUGGGCGCAUAGAGGUCUUCGAAGGCAUGCUCAAAGCUUUCUUCGCUCUAAUAGGGAUACUGGUGGAGCAGUUUGUCCCCACUGGUCCCCACCUGCAGUUGUACAGCCCCAAGACGCACAGCUGGACUGACCUCACCCACUGGCACUACUCCACCAUCUACCUCUUCUUCCUCCUCUCUGGCAUCACAGACGUGGUCUCACACUCCCCGCUCAAGCUGCCCCCUGGCUUGGACCGGCUCUUGCUGUCCCUGGCUCUGCUCGUGGAAGGUUUGCUCUUGUGUUCCCGUGACUACAGUGAUGCUCUGCUGGACCAGCACCUCCACUCCCUGCUGGCCGUGGCUAUCUUUGCUGGAGCCCUCUGUGCCUUCCUAGAGGUGUUCCUCCGAGACCAUAUCAUCCUGGAGACCUUCAGGACCAGCUCCUUCCUUCUCCAGGGUUCUUGGCUUUGGCAGAUUGGGUUUGUGCUGUCCCCUCCGUGGGGAGGACCAGGCUGGGAUCAGAGCAACUCCAGCAACCUCUUGUUCCUCACCAUGUGCUUCUGCUGGCACUACGUGGGCGCUCUCGCUGUUGUGGCCACCAACGCUGCCGCAUCCCACUGCUGCAAUGAGUCCUGCCAGCUGAAAUUUGGAGACAUUGACGUGGAGUUGGACUGUGGCUUGUGCCUCCACAGAGGGAAGAAGAGCUCCAGUGGCGCACUGCUGCCGGAGAGCAGCUCGGAUGACAAAUGAGGCUGUGGUGGGCAUGGAAAUAUGUUCCCUGAUGGUUUAGAGCUCUUAAUUAGUCUUGAUAAACUACAGAGGCACUUGACAGUAGAGCAUCAGAAGUAGGACAUAGGACCCCGAGGCGGAACGUGGCAGGGGAUGUGAAGACUUCUUGUGAAUCUCUUCGGUAGCCACGGGUUCUUAAUUCUCUGAGCUGCAGCUCAGGGUGCACACUGCAGGACUGGUUUGCUAUUGGAGUCCAACUGGUGUGGCAAAUCUGAUUUUUUCUUAACAUUUUCCCUUCUGCCUCCUCAGAAGGGAGCCAAGCCAGCAUUCCCAGUUCCUGGUGGCUGUCACUCAUUCUGGUGUUAAUGGAGAGGGUUUUGUACAAAGUUGAUUGUACAGAGUAUCUGUGCUCACCAAUA